AAGGUCCACAAAAACACCAUUAGCCUAAAGAUUUCUGUAAACAAGUAAGGACCAAAACACUGUGCACCCUGCUUGCCUGUGCCAGGAUAAAGAGAAAUCAUAUUCUGGAAAAAUCUGCUGCUUGUUAUUUGUUGCCAGAAGCCUCUCUGCGCAGAUACGGACUGACAGGCAUCUGCAAAUAUGUUCUGCUUGCAGAGUUCUCAGAUGCUGAAAACUCUGGAGAAAUCCUUGAAGAAACACCUCCCUGAGUCCUUAAAGGUUUAUGGGACAGUCUUCCAUAUGAACCAGGGAAAUCCAUUCAAGCUAAAGGCCCUGGUGGACAAGUGGCCUGAUUUCAACACUGUGGUUAUUCGUCCUCAGGAACAGGACAUGACAGAUGAUUUUGAUCACUAUACCAACACUUACCUGAUAUAUUCCAAGGAUCCCAAGAAAUGUCAAGGGUUCCUUGGCUUACCAGAAGUCAUCAACUGGAAACAACAUUUGCAGAUUCAAAGUUCACAGUCAAGCCUGGAUAAUGUGAUAGAAAAUCUUACAGCUAGUAAUUUGGGCAAGGUCAAGCAUACACAGUGUUUUCUCUACAUGAUUUUUGAAACAGCAAAGAAAUUGGCUCCAUUCCUGCUGGAUGCAAAGAAUUUAUCACCCAACAACAGUGACAACAUCUCCCUGUCUAUUGAUCAAGAGAUGUUUAAACUGGCUUCCCUGGAUGUUACACAUGCUGCCUUAGUGAAUAAAGUCUGGAAUUUUGGUGGAAAUGAGAGAAGCCAGAAGUUCAUUGAGCGCUGUAUCCGUACCUUCCCCAGCUUCUGUCUACUUGGGCCAGAGGGGACUCCAGUGUCCUGGGCUCUGAUGGACCAUACUGGAGAACUGCGAAUGGCAGCAACCAUGCCUGAGUACAGGGGCCAGCAUCUCAUUUACCAUAUUGCCCAGAGCCAGAUAAAGGCUUUAGGAAAACUUGGCUUUCCUAUGUAUUCCCAUACAGAUAAGUUCAACUAUCCCAUACACAAAAUGGCUGCCUUCCUGAAUCAUGUCCACCUUCCCUGUUACUGGAACCAGUGGAAUUAUGUGCCUCUGUAAACCUGGAACUUCAUAAGCUAGUGAUGAGGGAACUGUGCACAUAGAUGGAAAAAUGGAUGAGUGAUCAGAGAGAAAGAAUAAAUUGUAAGUAAGUUUACGUCUAUCUCUAGGAAGCAGGGAUGCAUCAUAAGCAGGACAUGCUGGAUCCCUGCCCUCCAACAGUGCAUGCACCUUUCUUCAUUCCUUCACUGUGCCCUAGGUCAAGUUCUCCUGCUUCUAGUCUAGUAGAGUUCUCAUAGUCUCAGGGUCCAUGUAACAUGUUUUACUGAGUUGUAUUCUUUCCUGCUUUGCUCUCCUAGCUCAUUGACCCUGACCAUUUGCCAGAAGUUAUAGUUCAUGAUUUAUACCCCUCCUCUGGCUUUCUACAGCUUUUUGUUUAGUUCGUUGGAGGGUGGCCUGCCUUCUUCUGAAAAAAAAAAAAAAAAAAACCUAUCCCAAAUC